UGGGAAAGAGGCAACAGGUUGGCUGCUGAGAGGCUUUUGCUCCGCAGUGGGACUGGAAAGUGCAGGAAACCCCCAGGGUGUGAAGAGCUGAGCCAGGAGCUGAGGGGUGCAAGCAGACCCUGGGACCAUGGCCAAGCUGGUGGAAUGCGUCCCCAACUUCUCAGAGGGGAAUAACAAAGAGGUAAUUGAUGCAGUGGCACAGGCCAUCUCCCGGACACCAGGAUGUGUGCUACUGGAUGUGGAUGCUGGCGCCUCCACCAACCGCACUGUCUACACCUUUGUGGGGUCCCCUGAGGCCGUGGUGGAAGGGGCACUGAGUGCGGCCCAUGUGGCUGGGCAGCUGAUUGACAUGAGCCGACACUCAGGUGAGCACCCUCGGAUGGGGGCCUUGGACGUCUGCCCCUUUGUGCCAGUGAGGAACGUCAGCAUGGAGGAGUGUGUCACCUGUGCCCACAUCUUCGGGCAGCGCUUGGCAGCAGAGCUGGGUGUGCCUGUUUACCUGUAUGGAGCAGCGGCACGGGACGAGAGAAGGAAAGCCCUGCCCUCCAUCCGUGCUGGAGAGUACGAGGCGCUCCCUGAGAAACUUGCAAAACCAGAGUGGGCUCCUGAUUUUGGGCCCCCAGCUUUUGUCCCCCGGUGGGGGGCCACAGUGACAGGUGCCCGGACCUUCCUUAUUGCAUACAACAUCAACCUGCUGUGCACCAAGGAACUGGCUCACCGCAUUGCCCUCAACAUCCGCGAGCAGGGCCGCGGGCCCAACCAGCCCGGACGCUUGAAGAAGGUGCAGGGCAUUGGCUGGUAUUUGGAGGAGGAGAACAUGGCCCAGGUUUCAACAAACCUGCUGGACUUUGAGACCACACCACUCCACACCGUCUAUGAGGAGAUCUGCCGAGAUGCACAGGAACUGAAUCUCCCGGUGGUGGGGUCUCAGCUGGUGGGGCUCAUUCCCAAGAAGGCCAUGAUGGAUGCAGCUGAGUUUUACAUCAAGAAGGAAAAACUCUUCAUCCUGGAGGAGGAACAGAAGAUCAGGCUGGUUGUCAAUCGGCUGGGCCUGGACUCCCUGUCUCCAUUUCGCCCCCGGGAGCGCAUCAUCGAGUACUUGGUGGAGGCAGGAGAGGUGGACAGGGGGCUGGUGGCCAAGCCACUGGGUGCCUUUGUGCAAGCAGUUGGAGCGAGGUCAGCAGCACCAGGAGGAGGCUCUGUGUCUGCAGCUGCGGGAGCCCUGGGAGCAGCACUGGGCAGCAUGGUGGGACUGAUGAGCUAUGGGAAGCGGCAGUUUGAGGACCUGGACCCCAUCAUGAGGAAGCUGAUCCCUCCUUUCCACCAGGCCAUGGAAGAGCUGGUGGCUAUGGUGGAUGCUGACUCCCGUGCCUUCAGCAGCUACAUGGAAGCCAUGAAGCUGCCCAAGAACACCCCUGAGGAGCGGGAGAGGGCUGUCCCCCCUUUCAGGCGCAGGAGUGCCAUGCAGCAGGGGCUGAAGUCGGCUGUGGGAGUGCCCUAUGGCCUGGCAGAGAAAGUGAGCGGGCUCUGGCCUGCUCUGAAGGAGCUGGCACGACACUGCAACCUGGCCUGCAAAUCUGACAUCCAGGUGGGAGCCAAAAUGCUGGAAGCAGCAGUGUUCGGAGCUUACUGCAAUGUCAUGAUCAACCUCAGGGACAUCGAGGAUGAGGAGUUCAAGCGUGUGAUGUUACAGAAGGUCUCUGAGCUGCUGGAAGAGGCAAAGCAAGGCUUGGCGGUCGUGCUGGCACUGCUGGACAAGCGGGUGGUCUGAGAAGGGCUUGGGAAUGUUCUGGGGCAAAUACAGCUGGGAAAUACUAUUGCUGCUGCCUAGGUUCUGUUGGCAUCCACCUCUGGAGAGCUGCUGUGCUCAGGCACAUGCAGCAUCAUAUCCCCUGGCCUUUCCCUGGACAUGGGGGAUUUUUUUGCUGUCGGAGGCUUGGACUCUGGGCUCCAUCCUCCCAUCCCUGGGGCAGAAGUAGACGACUGGGUUGGCAGUGCCUGGGACCACAGUGAUCCCAGGAAGGGAUGGUGGGAUCCUUGUAGCAUUGCCUGCUACAAGAUCCCUGUGCAUGAGCACCUUCUGACCCCGCACAGUCCCUGUGUCCAGAAACCCCCACGAAAUACCCUCCCACCUGAGAUCUGGGACAAGACCUGGCACAGUCCCUUUCUGCCAGGUGUCUUUCAGGCUGCGUGUGACAACUCCAGCCUGUUGAAUUGCCUGGAAAGGAAGCAUUGCCAAACAUGAGGCACCAUCAGGGGUGUUAGCAGGGAGAUGGGGCGGGUUGAGAUGGGAGAAACCCUGCACCCUCCUCAUAGAUCUUCCAAGCAGAAAACCUGAAAAUCCAGGCAUCCAGCCCUGCCUCCUGUCCCUGUUGACCGUGUGUGACAGCCAGAUACUGUGUUCUCCACCCGCACACCGCGGCAGCACGCUGAGCACUGUCUGGCCCCGCACCUCGCUGUCCCACAGCCCCGUGCUAUGGGAAGGUUAUCCCUGUUCCUGGCCAUUGUGCCUGAGCUCGGAGCACCGAGCCGGGGUUCAUGGUGGGGUCAGCUGACUCACUCCAUCCAUCCCAUGACUCCGGGAGCUGGAAUCUCCGCCCUCCAUCGCCUGUGUUUAUUAUCCCUGUGGGACCUUCGUGCCGGCUGGGAGCGGCGUGUUGACGUUUCCCGCGUGUCCAUGGUGACGGUGCGGUGUCACCACUCCGGUGUCACCCCUCCCCACCGCACCCCGGCUCACCGGGGCAGGGCCCCGCUAUUUAAUAGGUGCUCGACAGCCGGGAGUGCCGUGCCAAGGACGGGGAUCCCGAGUGCUGCCGGCAUUGCCUCGUCUGGAAACUUUUCUGCAGGUUUGCUUGGAGACCACUGAGGAUGUGUGACCGCAACCAAGGCCGGCCAAAAGUAUGUGUCUGCCCUACCGCCCCUCCAGGAUACCGUGGUCCUGACAGAAGUCCCUACCCUCCUGGUGUUGCAGUUUGCCCUGCUGCCCCUCCAGGAUACCGUGGUCCUGGCGAGAACCUGGCAGUCUGCCCCCCAGGCCCUGCUCCUCCUGGCCAGCACCCUCAUGGGCACCCCCCAUCGGGGCAUCAUCCCCAUGGGCAUCAGGAGCAGCAUAAAAAGCACUGAAAGCACCAUGAAGGCAAGGUCAGAAUGAGGAACUGCUAAACAAGGCCCCAUUUUCAACAUUGGAGGUGGGAACAUUUCCCAAACAAAUCACACCAGCAGCUCCUCUCACUGGGAAACAGCUCUGGAAGUGGUCUGCUGUGACUUUGAUCCUUGCUGGCAGAGAGCAAGUCCUUCCUGGAAUUUCCUUUAUUGACCCCCUGUGGUGGCUCACGCAGCUCAAGCAGCAGCUCUGACUCUGACUGAAUGUCUGGUAUGUCCCACCUGCUCUGCAGUGAUCAGCAAAACAUGAGGCCAAACUCUUUGUGGGACCCCCCUGCAUGUCGCUCCACUCCCUCCCCCUUUCCCUUGGAACAAUGUUUUGCCUGCUGAGUGAUUUUUCUUGUGUGUAGCUUGUAAAUCCUUUGACAUGGAAUCUCUGACUCAAUGGACAUUUCUACCCUCUGUCCUUUGGGAGAGCCUGUUGAAAGUCAUCACAUGCAGUUUUCCAGUCUA